AUGAAUCCGACCUUGCCACCAGAGCUUUGGCUACAUAUCCACGCGCUAGCUACUGAAAAGAGCUCCGCACUGGCUCUCUCGCACUCCGAAUGCCAGCGCUUCGCACCCCGACAUCAGGACUUCUCAAAGCCUUUCAAUCUCAUUACCCAAUUCUACCAGGAUGUGCACGCGUUUACGCGUGUCUGCCGACUUUGGAACGCUCUUGCUACGGCAUUGCUCUACGAGAACGUUGUGGUCAACGAGCAUUUUCCAGCACUGCAUAAAACGCUCGAGGAAAGACCAAAUCUGAAGCAUGCUGUCCGCGCAGUCCGUCUCUCGCCCUACCGAUUGGACGACAACAAUGCUAUAUUACUUGCCUGUCCCAACAUCUCUGUUGUCUGUCAAGCAGAUGACUCGGAGAAGUCUUACGGACAUUACCGUGCCGCUAGCUUCGACCUACAACGGCCCCAAAUCCCACAAACACUCCCCAGUCUUCAAAUUUUAUACUGGGUCGAAACCGACCAAUCUACAGGGCUGCUGCAGCCCAUUCUCCAGGCCGCGCCGAAUCUCAAACGACUCUUCAUCUCCGAAUCGCCUCAGCCUGCCACAAAACGCGUGGCAUCCGACCUUUCCACUGUGGCCACCCGGCUCGAGCAGCUCAGUCUCGGCCAACUAGUUGGCUGGGACAUGACGCGUUGGAUACUCGCACUCGACUUCUCCCGCUUGACCAGCCUCGAAUGCGCACCGGGUUUUAUCGAGCACGCCGACUUCCCGGCAACCCUCCCGCGCCUCCAGAUGCUCCGCCUCUCGUGUUUCCGCUCCCGCAUCCCGUUCGCGCGCAUAUUCGCGCGUUUUCCCGCAUUGCGGGACCUUUCCCUAUGGAGUCUGGGAUAG